UGUCCGAUAUAUUUAGUAUCUGUCGACUAUUUGGUGUUUUUAGAUAUCUGUCCAUCAUUAAGUUGGAAAGGAAAAAUAUAGUUUUAUUAUGAAUAGAUUCUAAUAUUUCAACUCUAAAGAAAUGUUGCCUUUACUACAAGAGAAAAGGCCUUUGAAAAGAUCUCGUUUAGGCCCUCCAGAUGUGUAUCCCCAAGAAGCAAGGCAGAGAGAAGAUGAAUUGACUCCGACAAAUGUAAAACAUGGGUUCGCUACCACUCCACCGUUGGCUGAUGAAUUUGGGACCGCUCACCAUUCAAAUAUGAAUGCCAAUAAAGUUGGGUCGUUUUUCAACUCAAUUUUAUCAAAGAAAGAGGAAUUGUUGACGUUGCAAGAUACAGUUCGAAAAAAACAACAAAUAAAUUGUAAAGAUAAUUUCUGGCCUGUUUCACCACGAACAAAAGGAGCUUUGGAUGCUUGGUUUAAAGAUCUUGCUGGAAACAAGCCACUUCUAAGUUUAGCAAAAAAAGCACCUUCUUUUAACAAAAAAGAAGAAAUUUUUAUUAUUCUUUGCGAUAACCAAGUUAAUAUGCAACGUGCCGCUUGGUUUAUUAAAUUAAGCGCGGCUUACACAUUAAGUUUUACUGAGUCAAAAAAUAAGAAACGAAGUAUAUACGACCCGGCAGUAGAAUGGACCGGUAAUAUUAUUAAGUUUAUGAAAGAGCUUCUUCCUAAGCUUCAUGAAUACUAUCAACGUAAGACAUUUGCCGUUGUUACUGCAAUUAAUAAUAAUAAAUUAUUUUCAGUUGGUUCAGAGAGGAAUUCGCAUAUUUGCAACACGUCGGGUUCUGGGGUCUCGGGCCAAAUAAUUUCAUCUCCUGUAGUCAACAGUCCAGUAACAGUUCACAGUCCAUUGACGAUUAAUUCAAUGCCUACCGCUCCUUGUGCAUCAUACGUUGGCAGUGCAUGUGCUGCCAAUACUAGUGGUAAUGCGUGUUCCGGCUCAAGUUCUCCCAUAUCUGGUAAUGGAAGUAAUUUCGAGGAUUGUCGAAAUGCCCUGAAAUAUUGGAAAUACUGUACGCGACUUUCCAAGUAUAUGCACGAAGAGUCUUUACUUGAUCGUCAAGAGUUUCUCAACUGGAUAUUGGAACUAAUGGAAAAACUGCGUUCACAGACAUCAUUUGAUACGUCUUUGAAAAAACUAAUACUUGUUUUUGCCUUGCAAUACAUGCCGGAUUUCGUUCAAUCCGAACGUUUGAGCAGAAAAUUAGCAAUAUUGGUUGCAAAAAAUUUAACAGUGCUUUUAGAUUCAAAUGUUGAAUUCCAUUCAUUAAACAAAACAAAUGAGGCUACCGGAGCCAAUAUGGAAGUUGAUAUUACCGAGGAAACCAAGUUAGUGGCGGAUUCAACGUAUGCAUCGUUAAAUGACUGUGUUAGUUGUCCUCAUCAUCGCGACAUUAUAUUGUAUUUAAGCACAAUUCUUCAAACAAUUACAUUAGAGUGUCCUACAGCAUUGAUAUGGAAUGGAAUUAAUGAAAGUCGCGCCUCAUCGGCAUUGUGCGGUAGCCCACUUGAUUACAUUAAUACAGUUCCAUCUGAAUUGCCGAUGCCACUCAAGUGUGAAAAAUCGAAUUCUAAUAUACGACGACAGCUCCAAAUUGCAGAGGCAGAAAUAUCUUUGCGUUCCAAGCACGCCCAAAAUAGUUGGUUUGCGGAAAAAUGGCGUAGCUCAAAAGUGAAUUCAUUCACCCAUGUGCUUAAAAUUCUUGACUAUCUAGAUACUCACUGUUUUGAUCGGAGAGAUAAUGAUAACAAUAUAGACUCACUUUACUCUAAAAUUUUUCCACUUCGUGAGACGAAAAGUUAUGAUUCUGAGCAAAUAAGUAAACAUAUACCGUACAUUCCUAAAAAGGACGCUCCUACAGUAAAAAUACUUUGUGAAUGGGCUGUCUCUAAUCAAAGAUGGGGAGAGCAUCGAGCCAUGGUUGUUGCUAUUUUGCUGGAUAAGCGACAAAUUGAAGUUACCUCUGGCGUGGACAAUGAUCAACCUCAUAAUUCAAAUUGCCAGGACGAAAAGGAUUCAAUCAAUUCCGGAGUUGGUUUAAUUGGUGGCUUACCAGUUUUUCAAUCAGUGUUAAUGGAUUUUUUGGAUCGAGAUGCUCCGGUUUUAGAUGAAAAUGGCUCACAACAAAAUCGUACCCAAUUUAUUAAUCUUGUGCAUCUUUUUAGCACAUUAAUACGUUUCGACGUAUUUUCACAUAAUGCUUAUAUGCAUACUUUGAUUUCGAGGGGUGAUCUUUUAAGGGAAAAUUCGAUAGCCGAAUUGGAUAAUGUAACCCGUAAUGAAGCGUCAUCAGUAUGUGGCACAGAGUCAGUUGAUAAUAAACCCUCUCCUACUCAUAAUUUUGAUGACGAGUUUACAUCCACUUUAGAUUUUAAACAUAGUGAAUUUGACGAUUCAAAUGUUGAUGAUGAUUUGGGGAAACUACUUCAAAAUAUUAAAGAAAAAGGUCAACAGAGCGCCCUGGAAACACCUGAUAGUCCGAAAUUACCCGAUAAUUCGCAGACAGAUUUGAAUGAGUCUCUUAUUUCACGUCAUUAUAUAUAUACAAAACAUUUCCCCAUACCUCAAGAUGAAACUUGCGUGUCUUAUAGCAAUGAGUGUAAUCAACGAUAUAUUUUGCUAUUUGGUGUCGGAAAAGAAAGAGAUGAAAAGAAACAUGCUGUAAAAAAAAUGUCUAAAGAAAUUUGUAAGCUUUUUUCUAAAAAGUUUAGCAUUGACAUUGCAGAAGGUGGAAAAGUAAAGAAACAUUCUCGAAAUGAGUUUAAUUUCGAAGCUACUACGAGUAAAUGCAAAAGUAUGGCAUAUUUUGAACAACAUGUAGUUACAUCUCAAUGUGCUAUUGUCGUAUUAGAACAACUCAAUGGGUUUGCGGCGGGUAAUAACAAUUACUUACCCGUUCAGGAACAUGUAGCCUUUUUGUUUGAUCUGAUGGAAAUGGCUCUUAAUAUACAUAGCUUGCUAGAGUUUUGUGAUCAUAUUCUGAAAGAGUUACCCGAAAUUGAAAACCAGUUACAAGCAAAGAAAUCUAAUUUGGUUCGAUUAUACACAACCUCUUUGGCUCUUUAUAUCGUUGGAAUACUACGAAGAUACCAUUCAUGUCUUCUGCUCAGUACGGAAGAGACUAUAUCAGUGUUUGAAGGAUUAUGCAAAACGAUAAAACAUGUCAACAAUCCUAAGGAAUGUAGCUCAGCGGAACGAUGUAUUCUCGCUUACUUGUCUGAUUUAUAUGAAAUAUGCAUUCUGCUUAAGUCGAAGGAAACUGAACCAGAAUAUUUUUCGAUAAUAGCUGUUAUGAAAGCUUUUAAAGAGCUAUACAACUCUCCAGAACAAUUAAGUGCUGUUCCGCAGACGUAUAAUCCUCAUUUUUUACAAGAACUAUUCAUAUCACCUAGAAGGGCUGGUAGAAUAGAUUUUCAUUGUAUUCGGCAACUACAAGACUCAUCAUCCAACGUCUAUAGUUUUGUAUCAAAUGCUAUUUUAGCCGUUUGUCAAGAGACUGAUAAUGACCGGUUAAACGAAAUUGCAAUAUUGUGUGCUGAGUUGACCGCUUCAUGUAAUUCACUUUCAGAGGAAUGGAUAGCGGCACUUCAAAGCAUUUGUAAUGCUUCAAAGAAACUUCGAUAUCCUCAUCUUUUCGAGCAAGUCGAUAUACAUGAUAACAAAAUCCAUAAUUCAUUAGCAGUUUUCAUUUGUAUUUUGGUGGCAAGGCACUCAUUCUCUUUAGCUGAUUUUGUGCUUAAGUUCGCACUUCCAACGUUAGCAUAUGCGUACCCUGUUGGCGGUGAAUUCACAACCGAUGCUGAAGCUGGAGCUCGUCUCACUUGUCAUUUAGUGCUAAAACUGUUCAAGACUAUUGAAAUACCACAGCCAAGAAUGUAUUCAGUAAGUACUUCACCGAAUCCAAUAAAUAUAGUUGGAGGAUCGUUCAGUAUAAAGUUGAGUUGUGAUCGUCACUUAUUAGUGGGUGCACACAAAAACAUUCCCAUACAAGCAGUUUUAGCUGUUAUAAAAGCGAUAUUAAUUGUUGUUGAUCUUAAAACACCAACGGUACCAAAUAAUAACGCUUCAGCAUUAAGUAGUGGGAAGCGCAGUGGUGUUAAUACACCGGUGCAUCCAGGAAGUACUCCAAAAACUAACGAUCGUCCGGCUGACUUGAGCCAAAUACUUGGUACGAGUGAUUUAUCAAAUAUUGCUUCGUGCAUAGACCAAGAUAUGAAUCAACCGAAUUCCGUGAGUAGUAAUGCAAAAUCUUUGGAGCAAGUGUCUUUGCUGGAAUUCGCGAACCAUGUUCUGAAACAAAUUUGUUCACAAGAACAUGUAUUAGAACGCUGUUUGAAACAUGCAGAUAAUUUAUGUGAAAUGAUUAUUGAUGAUAUGCUUACAACAAAACAAGUUCAGCGAGUACUAUAUAUGAUUUGCUAUCCUGAAGCUGAGUAUAAUAUAAUUUCGGAAAUGGACCAAAGAUCGAUGAUUGUUCGAAUUUUGGAAAAUCUUGAACAGUGGACUCUUCGAAUAUCGUGGUUAGAUUUGGAAUUAAUGUAUCGACAGUCAAUGAAUAAUCCGAAUGAACUGAACAAUUGGUUAGAUACUGUUGCCAAAGCUGCAAUUGAUGUUUUCCAAACAGAUAACGGAUCACCUACGCAUGGAGGAAAAGAAAUGUGUCGUGAAAAACAGUCAACUUGGCUAAUUGCUCCCUUAGUAUCUAAACUAACUCCAGCAGUUAAAGGCCGUGUUCUUCGUGUUGCUGGGCGAGCACUUGAAAGCAUGAAUUUUUUCGCUAAACUACCUAAGUCAGAUGGUAAUUGCAUUAACAAUGGGGAAGAACGCGAUAGAAAUACCAGUGCCGCGAUAAACCAAUCGUAUGGCGUAUUAAACGCUAAUAAUAGUGCCAAAAAGAUCACGUUGAACUAUCAACCCUUCUUAGGACUUAUUCUGUCUUGUUUGAAUGGUCAAGACGAAUAUAAAGAAAGCCUCCUGGUAUCGUUAUACUCACAGCUCUCUCACUGCUUGCAGUCAUUCUCUGAGUAUGAUUCUUUAAAUGAAUUCAAUGAUCCACAAGAACGGGAAGAAAUAUUAGAUGCACUGCAAUUACGUUUUUCCUUGGUCGGUGGAAUGUUUGAUACAAUACAGAAAAAUGGCACAUCAACAACAGACUGGGCUAUUCUUCUGACACAGCUGGUUUGCCAAGGAGUCAUUGAUACAAGCUCUAAUCGAGAACUUUUUACAACAGUUGUGGAUAUGCUAGCUACACUUGUGCACUCGACUUUAGUGACAGAGAGCCAAUCUGAACGUGACGAAAAUAAAAAACUUUAUCUCAAUCUUAUAAAAAAGUUAAAAAAAGAAAUUGGAGAAAAAAACAAUGCUUCAAUAAGAGUUAUUCGUCAGUUAUUACCACUUUACAAGCGAACAGCCGAGGUUAUAUCAUGUGAACCGGCCGGUGUCGAUAUGAAAGGAAACAAAAUUUGUGAUAUGGACAAAAAACAGCUUAGGAUUUCUGAUAAGCAGCGCAUAAGUGUUUGGGAUAUAUUGGAAGGUCAUAAAAACCCAGCACCCUUAUCAUGGGUUUGGUUUGGUGCAGUCAAAUCCGAAAGGAAAUCUCUUACAUAUGAAGAAACACAUCGAAGUCUUAAAUACCAUGGUCACAGUUUGGUUAAGCCUUACAAUUAUUUUUAUGAACCCUUGGCGCUACCUCCCGAAGACAUAGAGCCUGCGCCGGAAAAAAUCAGUAUUAAAGAUGAAAUGAAGCCAGAUACUCCAUCAUCAGUGGAUCAGUCACCUAGUGCCGUCACAUCUGGAAAAACUCGAGGGAAGGGAACAACGCGAAAGCGUAAACCGAAAAAUUCAAAAACUUCUCCAUCGAAUGUCUCAACACCCUCACAGAUGGCUCCACAACCGCAACAAUCUCAAGUUCAGUCGCAAAACCCGCAACAGAUGAACUCCCAAAGUCAAAUCAAUCAAAUGCAAAUUAAUACGCAGGUAAACGUUCAACAAUUUAACUCAAAUCAAUUGUUACAACCCAAUUCGGGCGUCAUGAUGCAGCAACAGCUGCAAGGAAAUUUACAUCAGCUUAAUAAUGCUCCAAAUGCCCAAAUUGGUUUUAUGGGAAACGUGCCACAGGGAGUAUCUCAACUAAGUGGUCAAAAUCAACAACAUUGGAUAGGACAAAAUCAAUACCAUCCGAUUCAGCAGCAACAGCAAUUCUAUCCUCAUCAAGCAAAUCGGUUUGAACGGCCACAACUGAAUCAAUCUAAGCAAGCUUUGUGUAAUAUGCUACGACAACGUCAGCCUACAUUUAAUCAAAAUAACUCCGCACAAUUUAAUGCCAUUCAGCAACAUCAACAAAUACGUCAGACACAAGGGCAACAAACGCAAGGUCCUAUUGGUUCUGUGCCACAACAGUUCGUUAGAGGAGGUAUGAGGGGAAUUGCAUCGUCUCAGAGUCAGCUAACAAGUGGUAUUAAUGGGGUUAAUAUACCUCAGGGCGUUAAUCAGAAUAAUAUGCCUGGACAGCAGAUUACUCCACAGAAUAUAAAUGCUCAAGUCAAUAGCCAAACAAUGGCUUCAUCUAAUCCCCAAAACAACUUAAUGAAUGUUCAGCCUGCAUCUGGGCUAAUAGGAUCAGGAAAUGUUUUACAACAGAAUGUUAACUUAGGAAGUGGCAAUGGGAAUCAGAACAUCAUUAGUCAAGCAACGAAUCCAUUUCACAAUUUUAAUCAAUAUCAACAACAAGGAUUGAUAAAUAACAGUGGAAGUGGUCAAGUUCAAUCAUCUAACAUGGUAGGCGCCUAUAAUCAAAUAGGGCAAAGAAACAAUUCAUCAGAUUAUCUCCAACAACGGGGAAGUAAUAGUCGAGGACAGUUCGUAAAUCCGAAUCCCAACGUUACCAUGGGAAAUAUUAUAGGGCAGAAUACAAUAUCACCCUAUUCAAGGCAACCAACAGCAACUGGGAAACCAGGUGUGGUAUCGUCCCAGCAACAAUUUCAGCAACAAAGAUUACAUCACCAAAUGAUGCAAAUCCAAGGUGGAAUGGUGCAAUCCCAAAAUCAGAAUAUAAAUCAGCAGCAGACUCCAAACUUGGUCGCUCAACUUCAAAGGCAGCUGCCGAAUCAACAUAAUUUAUCUGUUCAGCAGUAUCAACAUCAUCAGCCACCAUAUUGAGCAACUAAUUGAUUUAUGCAUACACACAUUUUCUACUGUUAAGCGAGAAUCGCUUUACAUUAAAAUAUAAUAUAUAUAUGUAUAUGUAUAGCAUAUGUAUAUACAUAUAUGUAAUAAUUUUUAUUUGUGUAACUAUUUAAAAAAUACUAAUUCUUUUCGUAAUAUCAGAUUCGAGACUUUAAGGAGAAAAUAAUUUCGAGUAGCAGACUUAGAGAUACUUUGAUUAAACUUUAGUCCAUAGGCACACUGUGUUUAAGUAGUGAGAGGAGCAAUCUGAUUGACUACAGAAACAUUUAAUCAGAAACAAAAAUAACGGUUAUCUCGAAUUUAUAAAUUGAAAUUAAUUAGAUAAUAAAUAUUUUUUUCGUCGACUGAUAAA